AUGGCAGGACGCCCUUCUGUUGUCAAAGAAGAGUUAAAAAUGUCCAUUUUUGAAGAUCUAGGGACUGGAAACAUUGAGCAAAGCCAAGAACAGACAAUGCCAGGUGAGAAUCCCUUAAAAUGCCUCUUGACAAUAGUUAAUCAUGGACAUCAGGUGCAGGUGCCCUUGAUGCCAAGAGAUCAGAGUCAGGGGGAUGCCCAUCUUCAGGAAUUUCCUGGCAACUUCCAAGGGGGGAGAUUCCCUUACGAGUGUCUGGAGGCAGAUAUAGUGGCAGAGAUUAGCCUGGAACAGCUCAAUGGGCUAGAGAUGGAAGUCAUGAGAAGGCAGAUACAAGUGAUUUCUGGGAGGCUGCAUGCCCUUGAGGAUCAGAAUGCCACUUGGCACCAUAAAGAGACUGUGCUCUUUAGUCUGUUGAUGCCAGUGUUCAUAGCCAACCUGUGGCUUUGGAUGCGCCAAUAA